AUGGCCGCGGCGGUGGCGGUGGCGGCCGCCUCUCGGCGCCAGUCGUGCUAUCUGUGUGACCUGCCCCGCAUGCCCUGGGCCAUGAUCUGGGACUUCACGGAGCCCGUGUGCCGCGGCUGCGUCAACUACGAGGGCGCCGACCGCGUGGAGUUCGUCAUCGAGACGGCGCGCCAGCUGAAGCGUGCUCACGGCUGCUUCUCGGAGGGCCGCUCCCCGACCGGCUCACAGCCUGCAGCCGCCAAGCCACCCCCACUGUCGGCCAAGGACCUACUGCUGCAGCCGCCGCCGCAGCUGGGCCACGCGGGCGCCGAGGCCGCGCGCGCCCAGGCCAUGGAGCGCUACCCGCUGGCGCCGGAUCGUGCCCCGCGCCUGGCCUCCGACUUCAGCACGCGUGCGGGUGCAGGCCUCGCACAGUCUGCCGCGCCGCAGCCCGCGCCGGCGAAUGGCAUCCUAGUGCCCAACGGCUUCUCCAAGCUGGAGGAGCCGCCGGAGCUGAAUCGCCAGAGCCCUAACCCUCGGCGUGCACACGCCGUUCCGCCCACCCUGGUGCCUUUGGUGAACGGUUCCGCUGCGUUGGGGCUGAGCGGCCGUGCUGCGGCCACACUGGCCGCGGUGAGCGGUACACCGGGCCUGGGAGCUCAGCCCUCCGAGUUAGGCACCCACAAACGCCCGGCGUCUGUGUCGAGCGCGACGGCGGAGCACGAGGCGCGCGAGCCGAGCAAGGAGAAGGCACAGCCCGCACACCGGAGCCCGGCCGACAGCUUAUCCGGCGCGGCCGGGGCGAGCGAGCUGAGCGCCGACGCUGCAGGCAAAGGCCGAGCGCCCGGGGAGCAGGACUGGGCCAGCAGGCCUAAGACGGUGCGAGACACGCUCCUGGCGCUGCACCAGCACGGCCACUCGGGCCCCUUCGAGAGCAAGUUCAAGAAGGAGCCGGCCUUGACUGCAGCAGGCAGGUUGUUGGGUUUCGAGGCCAACGGGGCCAACGGGUCUAAAGCAGUUGCAAGGACAGCAAGGAAAAGGAAGCCCUCUCCAGAACCGGAAGGGGAAGUCGGGCCCCCUAAGAUCAAUGGCGAGGCACAGCCUUGGCUGUCCACUUCCACAGAAGGGCUCAAGAUCCCCAUCACCCCUACAUCCUCUUUUGUGUCUCCGCCACCCCCUACUGCCUCUCCUCAUUCCAACCGGACCACACCGCCUGAAGCGGCCCAGAAUGGCCAAUCCCCAAUGGCAGCCCUGAUUUUAGUAGCAGACAAUGCUGGGGGGAGUCACGCCUCGAAAGAUGCCACCCAGGUUCACUCCACCACCAGGAGGAACAGCAGCAGCCCGCCCUCUCCCUCCUCUAUGAACCAAAGAAGGCUUGGCCCCAGAGAGGUGGGGGGCCAGGCCACCGGCAGCACUGGAGGACUGGAGCCGGUGCAUCCUGCCAGCCUCCCAGACUCCUCUCUGGCAGCCAGCGCCCCCCUGUGUUGCACCCUCUGCCACGAGCGGCUGGAGGAUACCCACUUUGUGCAGUGCCCGUCUGUCCCUUCGCACAAGUUCUGUUUCCCUUGCUCCAGACAAAGCAUUAAACAGCAGGGCGCUAGCGGAGAGGUCUAUUGCCCAAGUGGGGAGAAGUGUCCUCUGGUGGGCUCCAAUGUCCCCUGGGCCUUCAUGCAAGGAGAAAUUGCCACCAUCCUCGCUGGAGAUGUGAAAGUGAAGAAGGAGAGAGACUCGUGACUUUCUGCGUUCAGAAAAGCCCAUGGUUACCCUUAACUCAAACUUGUUGAACUGUAUAUAGAUUUCCAUACAUUAUAUAUAUAUAUAUAAAUAUAUAUAUCCAAGACAAGGGAAAUGUAGACUUCAUAAACAUGGCUGUAUAAUUUUGAUUUUUUUUGAAUACAUUGUGUUUCUAUUUUUUUUUUUUUUUUUUGACGACAAAAGGUAUGUACUUUAAGGCAUUUUCUUCUUUUGUUAACGUUGUUAGGCUGUCUGUGCUUGACUCUGGGUGACAGUUGCUGUUCUAUGUAGGCUGCGACUUGGCUGCUUUUGUUUUUUGUUUUUGUUUUUUAAAGAGCACUUGGCAAACAAAUGCUUCUAGCCGUAUUUGUAUGCACUUAUUUUAAAGAAAAAAAAAGCCAAAUACAUUUUUUUUUCUGACAUUGUAAGAUUGCCUUACUGUCUGUCAUUUCUCCUCGCUGGUCUCUCUCAGGCUAGAGGCCAGUUGGUGGAGGAGAAAGGAAGUGAGUGGAAGGGGACACCUGUCAGAAGGGCAUGCCCCGCGGGAAAUGUCACCCAUCUAGCAGGCCAUCUCCGAGGGAGGGAAAGUGGGGUUUGAAUCUUGUCAACGGUUCAGUUCUUGCAAUAUUGGUCGUCAGAGGUGCUGCAGAAAGGUUUGCAACGUUGUGUGUUUGGGUUUUUGUUUUUUUAAAUUGAAGGCAAGCUAGCCAAUGUUCGCUCUGCCCACGUGACCAGUUGUUAGCUUUCAGUGCUGCUGCAUGAUCCUCUUUGGUUGCCCCACCGGUGGUUCCAGCUGUAGAAGUAGUUGUCAGAGGGUGGUGUGGAAAUCGGGUGGCAUUACUGCUGACUCUCAGCUCAGCCUGACUCUGCCGUGCCGUCGGCCAUCCUGAAAAAUUCUGGGGUUCCUUACUGUUGCAGGCCAGGUGAACUUGUGGGAUUGGAUUUCAUGUGUGUUGCGUGUGUUUUUCUUCUGUUCUGGUGUGUUUUCGUCUGCUUGUCCAGUUCUUGCCUGCGUGUUGUCCCCGUUGUGACAAGUACUUACCGCAGUGUGUACGUUGACAGUUACAGCCCUGGGUGCUGCCAGGAGGACCUGUAGGCAUGUCAGUGGUGGGGUUACAGGAAGCCUGCAGUUUUUCCUUAGGUGUGUCUGAAAUACUAAGAGAAUAAUACUGUUCUGGGGGAAAAGAAAAGAUCUAGUGAGAACUACAUACAUGAAGGGUUUUUUACAUAAGCAAGCCCCACCUCUAACUAUUUUAGGAGCCUCUUGUAAACUAAUUUCUUGUGGUCACUAUUUUGCCUUAGUGAAGUGAUUGCUUUUAAUGUAAACAGCAACAGGUCAUUAGCUAUCAGUAGUGGUGCCCUUAGUGAUGCUGGUUUUGUGGAUUUUUUUUUCUUCUUUGUGCUGUUUUGGUUUAAUGUCAACAGGAACACUACCCUAAACCCUGACUGCAGGUGUUUGUAACUUGGCCUUGUAGGCUCAAUCUUGGCUUCUAAGUCUACUAUGGUUUGUGUGUUGUUCACUGCCUGGCUUCUGCUUUAAUUUGAAAAUAGAGAUUAUCACCAGCUUGCCAUCAUUUCUAGUUACUUUUUUUUUUUUUUUGUUUUUUUUUUUUUUUUUUUAAAUUUUUUUUUUUUUUAAACUUUUUUUUUUUUUUUUUAAGAUGGUUUCUUUAGUAGUCAAGUUACUAACACUUGACACUGCACCAAAUACAGUAUUUCUUGUCCGGUUUUUCUUGAGUGCACCUUGUCCUCUGGGUUUUUGUUACCAGUGGUGUUAGAGACAGGCUUGCAUUAUAGACCAGUUGGUCCUUACUGUGACUCAGGUCCGACUGGUCUCUCUGAGGCAGAUGUACACACAGAGAGAGCAGAGUCAGUUUUACCUGCCCGUAAAGUCAUUUGUGAAGGGCCCAACUAUUAUGGUCUGUACUAUAAAUGUGUUUCUAAGCACUUUAUUACAAACUGGAAUUUGGCCUCAUAGAUGUUACAACUAGAUUAGUCAUUUGACCUAAUUUGCCGUGGCUGUCUGUAAUCUCAACACAGAUAAGGUCUCCAAAAACAAGAAAAUAAAAGAACCAUCCUGCUGAA